AUGUGGUAAUGUCAUUUUUCCUUCACUCUAAUCAGUUUUUCAUAACUGUAUAAUUAUUGGGAAAUUAACAUGGAAUCUGGACCCUUCAUAUUUCUUACUUAUAGUAAUUUGGUUAGAAACUAAUGGUGUUUAAUCUAAAAAGUGGUAGUCAGAGACAUCAGUUGCAGAAAGAGGAAAGGACUGCUUGCUCAGGGCAUGGGACUUGGCUAGUGUUUAUUUAGGCUUCGGGCUCAGCAUGAUUCAGUGGGUACAAGUUAGUUUAGGUAGUGGUCUGCUCCUAUGGUAAGUGAAUGGGCUCAUCUCAAACUUGGCCUUGUGACGGGAGCUGGAACUGCCAAUGAGCGCCAGCCGCGGAGCAGGGCCCAGCCUGGAAAACAAAGGAGAUUAAUCCUGAUCAAGAUGACAACCUCCCAAAAGCACCGAGACUUCGUGGCAGAGCCCAUGGGGGAAAAGCCAGUGGGGAGCCUGGCCGGGAUCGGUGAAGUCCUGGGCAAGAAGCUGGAGGGAAGGGGCUUUGACAAGACUUAUGUGGUCCUUGGCCAGUUUCUGGUGCUAAAGAAAGACGAAGACCUCUUCCGGGAAUGGCUAAAGGACACAUGUGGCGCCAAUGCCAAGCAGUCCCGGGACUGCUUUGGGUGCCUUUGAGAGUGGUGUGACACCUUCUUGUGAUGCUUUCUGGGGAGCCCCCCAUCCCUAAUGCCAGCCUUGAGUCUUCAGAGUUUGCAGCUCAGUGGGGACUAUUCCCUUGUCCUCUACCAAGGAAACGAUUGCUGUCUGCUCACCACCGAUGUCCUCCGGGUCUCUGGGGGAGUUCUCUCCCCUCACCAUUUCAACCUUUUUGGAAUUCUCACUCUUGCAUGUAUCUCCCUUCUCUUUCCCCUGCCAGUUUCAGGUCGGUAAUCAGCUUUUCUGAGUGGAUUUCUGGUCCCUACCCUCACACCUGGUCUGUUUAAUGACAUUUGGCUUCCCUUUUGGCAAAACAGUCACUGUCCAUAUAAAGUUUUUGAAAUCAAUAAAGUCAGUGGCCUUCCAAAAAACCCCCCAAAAACAAAAACACACACAAAAAACUUGGCCUUGUGUUGCAUGCAAUGGAAGGGCCCAGGAAUCCUAGAGGCUAGUCCAGCC